AUGAGAAAACCUUGCUGUGAAAAAGAAGGCACAAACAAAGGAGCUUGGUCUAAACAAGAAGACCAAAAACUCAUUGAUUACAUUAAAGCUCAUGGGGAAGGCUGUUGGCGAUCUCUCCCCAAGGCUGCAGGGUUGCACCGCUGUGGCAAAAGUUGUAGGCUAAGAUGGAUAAACUAUCUAAGGCCAGACAUCAAACGUGGAAACUUUGAGCAAGAUGAAGAAGACCUCAUCAUCAAACUACAUGCCCUUCUUGGCAACCGGGAGGACGGACAACGAGGUGAAGAACUAUUGGAAUUCUCACAUCCGGAAGAAGCUAAUUAA